UCGGUCAGAGCCAGCCACUACCGCCGAGCCCACCAGGUGGCUGCAUGUCGACAGCCAGCGCGAGGGGCGGCGACUCAGACGUCGUUGCCAGCCCGGCGCCACCGGGGAGUCUCGCGAUGGCCGCCCCGGGCCAGUUCCUGAUCCAGCGGGUGGUGCGGAUGGCGGUGGACGUGUUCCGAUCCACGCCGCAGGGCACGGCCGCCUUCCGCGAGGGACUGUCGCAGCUCACCCAGCUGGUGCACCAGCUGACACCGCAGGACGUGGCCUUCGACCCCAACUGGGUGCGCGACCGGCGGCCCUUCACGCAGGACCGCAACAUCAUGCCGAUGACGUACGUGCGCCUGUGUGAGAACGAGUACAUCAGCAUCGGCAUCUUCAUCCUGAAGAACGGCUUCACGCUGCCGAUGCACGACCACCCGAACAUGCACGGCGUGCUGAAGGUGCUGCACGGCCAGCUGCAGAUGCAGUCGUUCACGCCGCGCCGCGCGCCCCAGAGCGGCAUCCUCAACGGCGGCGACUCGGCGGCGGCCACCGCCCAGUGGGACGUGCGCCAGACGCGGCUGGGCACCAUCUACCACACGGCCAAGGAGCUGCCGCGCUUCAUGGGCCCGGCCGACGGGCCGGCGCUGCUCACGCCAGAGCAGGGCAACAUCCACCAGAUCUGCGCCGUGGACGGGCCCGUGGCCUUCCUGGACAUCCUGGCGCCGCCCUAUGACGAGCACGAGCACAUUUACCACACGUUCCGCGAGCUGGACCCGGUGCGACUGCACCAGCUGACCAACGGCGAGCUCAGCUCCGAGGGCUGGCUAAUCCGCGUGCGCGACAACCCGUUCCCCUCUGACUCGGCCAAGUACCGCGGACCGCGUGUGGACGAUAUCGGCUGAGAGCCGGCCGCCGGCGGACGCUGCGCCGGGACCGCCGCCGCGCGGGACGGCCCGGUGACGGCGGCGGCCGCGGCCAGCGGCCUCAGUGGUGUAUGGUGGUGCUAACAGCGGGUGGCGCACAGUGUGACGGCGAGGGAACGGCGGCCACGCGACCGACGGCCCGCCUCCGGGCUUCCAGUGUAGCGGGCGGCCAGCGGGCCUGGUGCGUGAACCUGCCACUGCCGCGCAGCAGCGACUUGAGGGAGGGACCGAGCGGCGGCGCCGGCGGCGCCCAGUGAUCCGCCGGGCCGGUUCCAGCCGGGCGCUGCCAGAGAGUGAACGCGUGCGAACGAGUGAUAGUGAGUGCGUGCGGAGUGAGAGUGAGAGUGAGAGUGAGAGUGAGCCGCGGGGGCGGACGGCGGGGACCGGGACCACGCCGCGGUCCCCCACUCAGCCAUGAUGAGGUUUUCUUAUGUCAUGGCGUGAUAUGAAUUAAUCCGAAUGUUGUCUUUUAGUGACGCCUUAGGGUGGUGAGUUCUAAUGUUAGCUCACUCUCUGCCGGCGGCGCGGACGGCCGCGCUCUCGGUGGAGGGUUGCUGCGGCCGCGGGAACGGCGCCGGUGGGCCGCGCGGACCGCAGGGAGCUCUGUCUCCGGCGAACUCACAGAGAGCUCACCCGGAGAGCAGUGCGAGUGCGCGCGUGUGUCGGGGAGUGCGGAGUGACUGAGGGGGGGGGGGGCGCCGGCCGGUCGGGCGGGCGCAGCCGACAGUGGACGCAGGGAGUGGCGGCGGACGGCAGGGGGCCGCCGCUGGCCGCCAGCGAGUGGCACGGCUCAACACCCCCAGUUGUUCGUCUAGUCACCCGAGCCGCUCGCACUCACACAGCUACACUCACUCACUCACACAUACCCACACCCACACCCACACCCACACCCACACCCACACCUACACCCACACCCACACCUACACCCACAGACAGAAUCACGUCGCAAACACAAAUACAGUCGUACACAGCGACACAUGACACCUGUACAGCGCAUACAACACCACACCACCACAAUUUGUGCAUGCUUGAACAUGCACUUUUUAUGCCCACAGUUUUAGACCUGUUCCGUAAUCAGUGCCCACCAAACGAGACACUGACACACAACAUUCACGCACACGAACACAGAACACACGUACAAGAACACCAAAUUGCACACGUCCACGUGUCGCGGCCCGGCCUCUCCUGAGCCGGCUGGUAGUGGACGCCCUGGUGCGCCGGGCGGCGCGGUCUCCUAUAGCGGCCUGCGCACUGACCCGCGCGCAGACCUGGGGAGCGGGCGGGCGGCCGGCGCGCCCCGGACCGACCUGGUGCAGCAAGUGCAUCUUCCUAUGCUUGGCCGCUUUGUAUGAAAUACAGUUACACAUGACAUUG